GACGCUCUGCACAGAGGAGGAACUGCAGCUGCGAAAGGGAGAAAUCAGGACAGGAUCACCAAGGUUUCUCCAGGGAGCACUUCCUUUCCACGGAAAGAGGGAAAUUUCAGAGCAGUGGGAAGAAGGAAAGAGAAAGUCACUCAGCUGGAUCGAACAAGGAGCUAUCCACAGGAGCUCACUGCAGGAAAGUACAACGUUCAAGACCAGCUAUUUCCUGCUGAUAUCAAGAAACCUGAAAAAUGAGACCUAGAAUGAAGUAUUCCAACUCCAAGAUUUUCCGGGCAAAGUUCAGGAGCACAACCCGCAAAGCCCUGGUCCCACCCUGCAAAAUAAAAGGAUCCCAACAGAAGAACAAAGACGUCUGCCAUUUCUACUGCAUGAGGCUCCGUUCUGGCCUCACCAUAAGAAAGGAGACUGGUUAUUUUGAGAAAGAACCCACCAAAAGAUAUUCACUAAAAUCGGGUAGCAAGAAGCAUGAAGAGAGCUUCUCUGCCUAUCCAAAGGCUUCUAAGAAGAGAUCCCUGCUGGGCGUAAGCAGACUCCAAGCAUUUGCUGCAUCAGUUGACACACUGGGUAGUAUCCAAGAAACUUCACCUUUAACACAAUCUUGUGCCUCCCUGACCACGUACGAUGACCAAUGUGUUAGUUUUGUUUUGGAGAAUGGAUGUUAUGUCAUCAAUGUUGAAGACUCUGGAAAAGACCAAGAAAAAGACAAGGUGCUACUUCGUUACUACAAGUCUUCCUUUCCGGCAAGUCAAUCAGGCGAUGGUGUGGAUGGGAAGAAGCUGAUGGUGAACAUGAGUCCUGCCAAAGACACAGACAUCUGGCUGCACGCCAACGACAAGGACUAUUCUGUGGAGCUCCAAAGGGGUGAUGUCUCGCCUCCAGACCAGGCCUUCUUUGUUCUUCACAAAAAGUCCUCUGACUUUGUUUCAUUUGAAUGCAAGAAUCUUCCUGGCAAGUACAUAGGAGUGAAGGAUAACCAGCUUGCUCUAGUGGAAGAAAAGGACGAAAAUGGAAACAGUAUCAUGUUUAAGCUCUCUAAAAUGUAAUGUGAUGAAAAACCUGUGGGUUCUGGGUUGAAUGACUUAAUGUUUCCAACUGAAGAAAGGCUAACAGAAAAAGAAAGCCAUUCUUGGUUUAAGAUGAUGUGGAAUUAUUAUAUAGGAAGAUUCUUUUAUUUCCUUUUUUACAGCUACACGUUUAGUAAACACGUGAAUAUACGACAUAGGGCAUUGAUAAAGAAACUGAAAGAGAUUCAGCCUUGCCCUUUUUUCUGCUUUAAGAUUACACUCACAGAUCUCUUCAGAAGAGCACUAACCACAGAUCAUGUUUCGCUUGAGACAGGGUCCAUUCCAAAAACCUUCAUAAAAACAAAACAGAAAACCAGCAAAACAAAAACAAACACAAACAAACAAAGUAAAUACCUAAACAAUUUUCCCUGGUUCCAAACAAAAGAUUGCAAUACUAGAGCAGUUAGUGGGAGGACCAGCUAGGGGGAGGACCAGUUGGUGGGAGGAUCAGCUAGAGGGAGAACCAGUUAGUGGGAGGAUCAGCUAGGGGGAGGACCAGUUGGUGGGAGGAUCAGCUAGAGGGAAGACCAGUUAGUGGGAGGAUCAGCUAGGGGGAGGACCAGUUGGUGGGAGGAUCAGCUAGAGGGAGGACCAGUUAGUGGGAGGAUCAGCUAGGGGGAGGACCAGUUAGUGGGAAGAUCAGCUAGGGGGAGGACCAGUUAGUGGGAAGAUCGGCUAGGGGGAAAACCAGCUGCUGCAGAGACUGUUUCUCAGAAUAAAAUACCAAAUGUAUCAAUAGAUGCCCUAGGCAACCCUCAGAUCAGCCCUUUCUGUCAAGAACCCAAGCACACCAGAUGCUUACAUGCCUAGACAGACAGGAUAACUGUAUGAGAGAGAAGACAACUGGAAAACAAAGAAACAGAAAGUCUGUGUUUGUGAAGUGGAGUGAUGUUACCUGUGCUUCUUUCUUUCUUAAAAUUCCCAUUUUCUUUUAAAAACAUAGCAGUUUAACUUUAAGCAAGCCAGCUUUCACUAGGAAACAAAACACAUGUUAGUUCACACCUGUAACUGAAAUCACUGACUAUAAGUCUUCUGACUAUAAGUCUUCUGCCCCUUCUUUGGUUCUUUGGACCAACAUAUCCAUAACAGAUCUUCUACUCCCUGAGCCUUGUUUCUGUUUUCUCUGACAGCUACACACCAACACACUUACUCCGCUGUAUUUAAUCUGCACUGCAUUGAUUUGUCACAGUCUUACUCUAGAGGAAAGUAAAAACAGAAUCUACAUCAUCCCCCUGGAAACCACCAUGUUGACUCUAUGAAUCUGUACAAUACCCUUAAAAUAGUCAUUAAGAAGUCAAAUGUGUUCUUCUUGUUGUUCGUAACUUUGAAUAAACUAUUUUUCAAAACCACGUGUGACCUCAAAACACUCCAGCAUUCUGAAUUCUUAAAUGAAAAUGAGUGUACAUCAGUCCAUCACUGUUGACAAAUGAAGCAAGUGGCUGUUUGACAACUUAGGGUAUUAAAGUAGACUUUUCGGAACAUGGAAGGGAUUGUGUCUGUCUUACCUUCAUCCUCCCAGUGCCUCUUUCUUUCUCUCAAAUAGGAGACUUUCACACCAAACCAAACAUACACCUCCAUGUUCCUGCAUCAAAAAUUAACCUAAAAUCCCUGAUCCUUUAUUUCUUUUCUGUUUUGUUUUCUUUUAAAACAUAUUUUCAGAGCUGAGGAAACUUUUGAGAAAGAUGAGGACCGGAGUUCGGAUCCCAAGCUCCCAUAUAAAAGCCAAGAGUGGCUGUAAACCCCAGUGCUAGGGAGGGUGAUUCUGGGCUGCUGCUGGCCUGUUAGCCCAGCCAAGCUGGUAAACUCUGGGUUCCGAGACUGUCUCAAACAGAGGAAGAGUCCUGAUGUUGAUCUCUGGUCUCCACACAUGUGCACAUGUGCACACCUCACACACACACAUUUUCCACAUUAUUACAAUCAGUGUUAUUUGAUUAAAAUAUUUAAUGUUGCACUGGCAUUUUGUCUUACAUGUGCUGUGAUGGCUCAUAAUAAAUAUUGCUGGAAAUAA